AUGACACCCUCAGAUGGUAACGCUGAGUUGGCCUCGGCGAUAAUCAACUGGACACUUUACGAUGAUCGAUCAGGUCGCAUCCACCCGCACGAGCCACUAGAGCGUUACGCCCCAGGCGGCUUCCAUCCUGUAGCCUUGGGGGAUACGUUCAAGGACGGCCGUUAUAUUGUCCGACACAAACUGGGAUAUGGUGGCUGCUCAACAGUGUGGCUUGCCUCAGACGAGCAGGGCUCCGCCCGCCGUUAUGUGGCCAUCAAGAUCAAGAGUAGCUCAUCAUCGGAGAUGGGUAUUGAUACAGACCCGGAAGUUCUGAGGCUGGAAAAGCUAGAGGAGCACUACCUCAAAGGCCCACAAGACAGGCCCAGGCCAUAUGCACAGCUGCUGGACUACUUUGAUAUUCAAGGUCCUAAUGGGUGCCAUAACUGCCUUGUCACAGAGCUGCUUGGCCCAUCGUUAGCAAAUAUUUCCGCUGGCAACGUCACCUUUACUUGCCACUCGCUGCUAAACGAUGAGGAUGACGACUUUUUAGACCUGGUAAGCGAGGUAUAUACAGCAAACCCAUGGCCCGACAAGCUCCUGCCACCACAUCUCCCCAAACAAUUGGUGCAGACCAUGAAGUGGAACAACUGGGAAGACGAGACAGAGGAAGACAUCCGCCUUGUUGACUGGGGUUCUGCCUUUCCAGUUGGUGAGACUCUGCCAGUAGAGGCUAUGGCACAGCCAAUUGACCUUCGAUCACCCGAGACAUUUUUUAUCGGCAAAUUCGACUACCGCCACGACAUAUGGCGAGCUGGGUGUGUGAUGUUUGUGCUAUUCUACCAACGACCUCCAUUUUUCGUUGUCUUGCCUGACACCUAUUUCUACCUAUUACGGAUGAGAGAAAAGCUUGGGCCCCUUCCGGAAUCUUGGCUUCCUCACCUCGCCGAACUACGCAACGAAAGUGUAUAUGCGGAACGAGAUGGUGAGUGA